AUGCAAACAUCGGUGGCUCAUUCAUUCGACGACGUCACCGACCCCUCCGACUGGCUAGACGACUUUGUCACUCUCAAGAACCUCGACGCCUCGUUGCGCUGCGACCUCUGCUUCGACAUCUACACUUCACCUGUCUCGAUCAAGAGCUGUCAUCAUACUUUCUGCUCCACAUGCAUCCGCACACACAUCAACCAAUCCGGAAACAGCGGCAGCUUCUGUCCCAAGUGCAGGCAGACAAAGGCCUAUGACUCCGAGUUGAUACCACAGCCCGUCCUCGAGGUUACGGCCAUCGAGUGGAAGAAGUCUCGUUCUUUUCUUGCUCGCCUUCAGACGCAAGCACGGCAUCCUCCUCCGCCACAGCAACACGCGGAAUCUAGUCGUUCCGCCGCAACCAAGCGUCCACAAGCCGAUACCAAUGGUGCCUCAUUCCCCUCCGGCGGCGCGAGCCCACGCAGGUCCAAACGCAUCAAGACCGAUCUACGCAGCUCCUUAGUCGAACAAUCAGCAGGGUCGCGUUCGUCUCCCCUCACUGUCGAAGACGACGAAGACGAAUACGACCUCACCGACAGAAUCAACGAUGAUCAGGACGAUCGAGGCACGAGAGACGACGGCGACGACGACGACGACCGCUGCGAUGCCGACUAUGUUGAUGGGGUUGCUGGUGCGAGCUCACAUUCAUCGCCAUCAAAGCGGCACGUUAACGAUCCCACAACUUCAGAUCGACAACUCAAAGCCGAUGACCUGGUCGAAUGUCCCAUAUGCCGUCACAAGUUCACCGUUACCGCCCUGAAUCGGCAUCUCGACAGUGCAGGCUGCUACGACGGUUUCCCUGAGCCAUCGGCUGAGGAGCGAGGUCUAGCACCCAAACCCGCCAAGACGACUUCAUCCUGGUUUACCAAGAAUGCUACCGCCUCCUCUCCCUCGACCAAUACAGAUGCGUCGUCGUCAAGCAUGGCGAAUGAAAAGCGGCUUGUUCGUCCGCAGUACAGUCUCAAGUCGGAACGCGACCUACGCAAACUGCUCGACGACGCCGGUCUGCCCACCGCCGGCGACAAGGAAAAGAUGGUCGAACGACAUCGUCAGUGGAUCAACAUUUGGAACGCCAACCUCGACUCGACCAAAGCAAGACGCACGCCUUCGCAGCUCCGUAAAGAUCUGGCAGCAUGGGAACGUACGAAGGUGUCGGCCAAGGACCACUCAGCACAUGUCGAUCGGCAAAAAACCACGUGGAUCAAGAGCAACAAGUCGCAGUUUGACGAUUUGAUACAGAAGGCGAAGAUGGGUGCGAUCAAGGAUAGGAAGAUGCGAGAUGCGUCCAAGCUCACGGCCGAGUCCGUUGCAGCUUCCAGCGUGGAGCAGAGCGGUCCGAAUCCAGAGCACGACCUGCAGGUCAUCACUUCGAGUCCGGUGAUACCGAUUGCAGGAGAGACGAGAGCACCGGCCGAAACCGUCGGAUCAGACUCGUAG